CAGAGAGUCGUACUCGCGGGAAAAAUGGCGGAAACGUGAAGGACUCCUAACGAUAUCAACAUCGAGGGCUCAAAACAUUGCUUUCCAACCCGCAUUCAGUUUUCAUUUGCAUGCGUGAGGCACAUCUGCUUUAAUCAGGACACUUGAUUUAGGAAAGACAUGCAAGAUGCAAAAAGAUACAGUGCACAUUGCCACCUCAGGCAACUUGACACCCCAUCAAGCUGUCACCCAAGAACUCCAGAUGAAGUCUUUACAGUGCAGCCGCUGUUCUCUCAUCUUUAAAUCCAAGGUUUACCUUUUUGAACACCUCAACAAGGUUCAUGGCUUUGAUGUAGAUGUUGCUCUCACAGAUGCCGGUCUAAAGCACCUUGGGACUCAACAGACCAAUACCGACAUCAAAAGCAACAAUUCAAGAGAUAAUUUUGGAUGCCAGCACUGUGAUUUUAAAGCUUUUAGUUUGGAUCUUUUAAAUGAGCAUGAGAUGCAGUGUCAAAGAACACCAGAGAAUCAGAAUGGGUUCCGGACUAAGAUAAUUUCUGAAAAUUCAAAGACUAAAAUUAUAUUUGUUGUGAAAAAUCACAAAGAAGCUGAAAGAGCUGAAGAGAGUUCCUCUGUUCACCCAGUGAAGUCUACCUCAAAAACUGAAUGCACAUUGAACUCCUCAAAGGACCUGAAAACCUAUAAGAGGCCAAUGCAAACCAUCACCAAGUACUUGGUGCCAUCCCCUGAGUUGAUACAGAAACCCCCAGCACUGUUAGAGCAUACUUCAAAGUCACCAGAUGGCUCUAAAGAAACACUCUUUUUGAAAGAAUCUCCAUCAAACUCCACACCAAACAGUAGCGGUGUGUUUAAAGUCACCGCAAUGCACACAAUUGAUAUCUCUAAAAGUGAGUCUACCCGUUUUCUACUAAAGGACCCCUUCCCUGGUGCUGGCCUGAAAUCACCAAAGCCUCAGGGGAAAAUAACAGCCCCAAACAAUGGUGAAAAGCGGCCAGUGAGUGAAAUAUCAGGAGGUCCUCCUGUGAAGAAAGCAAAAUCAGACAGAGAAAAGAAAAUUAUUCCAGAGAAAGCAAAUGAAAGUAAGCACCAGUGUUCAAAUAGUAAAGACCUUUCAUUUGAAUUCAGUGACGGUGAGGAAGAAAGGAAUCUUGAAGACAUGGAUGUGGAAACCUCAACCGUUUACAACUGUAAGCAUUGUGACUUCAAAGUUGUUGGCAUUAAACUUUUGGCCAACCACUAUCAAAACAGUCACCCUCACAUAAGAUAUAAUGCUGUCUACCUUCAGGACCCAACAGAUCACAGUGCUACUUUCCGUUGCCUGGAGUGUCCAAUCGAGUUCUCAAAUUUGGCCAAACUCCAAAGACAUUAUACAGAAAAUCAUCCAGAGGCCUUGCUUGUACUCACGAUGCAAUCAUUUGACCACAAUUUGGUUUAUAAAUGCUUUGUUUGUUCAUUUAAAACUGAUGAAUUGAAGGCCCUAAAAGAGCACUACAAGGAAAAGCACCCAACACAUGAGGUUGGUAAUUCUUUGAUGUACUGCAAAUUUUCAGCAAGGAGAUGCCAAGAGGAGAAAAAAUCCAAAUCUAGUGGAUGUGAAAAAGUGUUGAGUCCUGAAAAAGCAGAAGAGAUGUCUUCAGAAAGUUUCCAUGAAACAUGUAAGGAAGUCAGAAAGACACCAUCACCUCAACAUCCCGCCUCCACAGGAACGGACUUGGCCUUGUAUCAUUGUAACAUCUGUGAGUUUAGUCACAAGUCAGCUGUUGUCAUGCAUGUCCACUACCAAAGAAACCACCCAGGCGAAACUGUCACAAUAGACAAAAUCAAACAGUCUGCUUGUGUCUCGUCAGAUACAAAAUCCCAGAAGACACUAGAUAAGCCUCUAAACUCUGUGGUGGAAAAAUCAACAUCCACCAAGAGCAGCACAGAUUCCAAGACACCGCGAAACAAAAAUAAGCUUUCAUUGAAAAGGAUAAAACUGUGUUUGAAAAAACCUUUACGCUCCCUGGAAGCCUCCAAAAUGCAUUCGGAGUCUCCUAAAAGCAGGAAAGUGGAAUCUGCAGAGGAGGGAAGUAAAGGAACAAAAUCACCUGCCACACAGUCAAGAGAAAUGUCGAUUGAACCAGACCGGUUACCAAUCAGCAGUUCACCAAAUGAACAGUUUUACUGCCAGCAUUGCAGCUAUUCAAGUACCAACAUUAACAGCGUUGUUGGACAUUAUAACACAAAACAUUCUGGACAUGAACAAACAGAUGUUUUAAAGAUUGCGUCAUAUAGUGAUGAAGUGGAGAAAAGGAAGAAAAUUCAAGUGAGCCCAAGUUCAGUUCCCUCUGAAACCAAACCCUGUGAACGGGUUGAAGUUUGCAGUGGAUCAGAACAUCAGAACAUGGAGGAGAAAUCAGCGGGGGAGUCGGUGGUGGAGCACAAUGCUUAUGACUGUCCAGAAAACUUGUUCUACUGUGAGAGGUGCAACUUGGGGAAUCCAACCUUAAAAGGAGUGCUAAACCAUCAAGCCAGAGUUCAUAAAAACAUGAAGACAAAAAGAGAACGUAUUAUUAAACACACAGCCUCAAUUCGUGAUCAGAUUAACAAAACAAAAUCCCAAAAAAACGACACUGCUGUUCAUCUACCUCUUCCUAUAUUGAAUGAAGGUGAAACAAAUGUGUUUUUCUGCCAUUUAUGCAAUUACAGAAACUGCAAUUUUAAAGAGGUACUGCGACAUUAUUUCACUAGACAUCCUCGAUUUAAGGUGGGGGAAGAUCGUAUCCGCCGGUAUUCUUCUCUGAUUCAUGAAAAGUUAAAGAGAUUGCCACAAGAAAUGCCUGCAGACCAUGAGGUCGAGUGUGAAUCCCUUUGUGAAAAGGGAGACAAAAAGGCCAAACAAAAGGUGCUCAACAAAGUUUCAGAGUCCUCAUCAGGAACAGCCUCACAAACAGAGAGGACCCUUAAGUGCCAUGUAUGCCCGUACAAAACUCAACAUUUUUAUCUGUUGAGGAGGCACAUGAAGCAAGUCCACAAGUUAAAUCGCACAGUCCCAGAAGUUUUGAGGAUGUGUUAUAAACAAGGAAUUAUACAGGCAGGUUAUCACUGUGAAAUGUGUGUGUUUUCUCACCAAACAGCCGAAGAAGUCUUUCAACAUUACAGAGAAAAACAUCCAAAACAACCUAGCCUGGAGUAUGUGAUGACUCGCUUACAUGUCGGCCCCAAACCAACAAAAUCUACAAAGAAGAAAAGGCAAAUCAAGCAAACGGAGAGUUUAAAUGAUGUAGUUACCACAGAUGGUAUUUCACCAUCUCUGAGAUCUGGACAAAACGAAACCAAGGCAUAUUCCUGCAAAGCAUGUUCAUUUAAAAGUGACUCCAUGUCAAACAUCACUCACCAUUAUCGGGCUGUCCAUCCUUGGUCAGUGAAAGAGGAUGGCUCUGUCCUGGAUGUCAUCGAGAUCAGGAAGACUGGUGCAAACAGGCAGUUAGAUGACCACAGUGACAAACCUGUUACAACUGACAACAUCCAAAUGUCUCUUGAGUUUGAAAACUCACCUGGAUCAUCUGAUAAAGUCAAAAAAUCGUCCAAAAAGUUCAAGUGCCAUUACUGCUCUGCAAAGUAUCACACCCAGCGCCGUCUCGAUUCUCAUCUUGCACUCAAACACAAAGAAGCUGCAACAGAAAAUGUUGAGCUGAAAGAAGGGCAAAUGAACAACCAAUCACGUAUCCAUGUUUUUAAGUGUCCAUACUGUACGUAUGUGAACACCAACUAUCAUGGAGUUCUCACCCACUGCCAGAUGAGGCACCCUGGUUCUGUAUCCAGGGCAAAUAGUCUUCAUGUGGAUGGAGAGAAUUUAAAGAACUUGAAGGACUGUUUGAAAAGAAAAGGUCAGCGCUUGAGACUAAGUGGGUACAUGUGCAAAACCUGCCCACAAAUCUGUGCCACACUGGAGAAACUGAUCAGGCAUCGCAAGAAGAACCAUCAUGGAACUGCAGUGAACACAGUGCCAACAAAGCUCAAACUGCCCCUUAAACCAUCAGCUGUCAUGAAACAAACUCAGGCCAAGAUCCGUAGCAAUCAAGGAUUCAUAUCCAAAGCCUCACUUUUUAAGAAGAAACAACGUGCUAUGAUAAAGUGCCCUCAUUGUUCUUACAAGGGCAGCACGCAGGUUGGGCUUGGACGACACAUUCUUCUUCAGCACAAUAAUGCAUCUGCACCAACAGCUGGUGAUCCUCCAUACAAGUGUGCUUUGUGCUCCAAUGCCUAUUUCAGGAAAAAACUCCUUGGAACUCAUUAUGCCCAAAAACAUGGAAAAGAAACCUUCGAUAAAUAUUUUGUACCACUGACCAAGCAGGUUGAAAAGAGUCCCAGGCCAACAUCUCCACACUGCGUUUCAGCCCAGCAACAUAAAAACAAUUUGGAUACAAGUAGCACAGAAACAGCGGAAAACAAAGUAAUGGUCUUUAAGUGUCCAAAGUGCACCUAUGUGAAUUCUAGCUACCAUGGGGUUCUCACUCACUGCCAAAUGAGCCAUCCAAAAUUCACUGCCAGGGCAGACAAUCUUAAGAUGGAGGAAAUUCUGGUAACCAACAUGGUUGGUUUUUCAAAGGGAAGCUCUAACAAAAGAGGUUACAAGUGCAAGAAAUGUCCACAAAUUCAUUGUUCAAUGAAGAAACUGAAAACCCACUGCAAGAGGGACCACAGUAAGACUGAGGCAACAACUCCUAGACUUGUACUCAAAAUCAAAACCCCAAAGAAACAACAGGAUUACGGCUUUGAGCAGUCAAUAUUGGAGGCAUUCUCUUUAAAAAAAGACGCAUCAGUUGCCAGCAUUACAGAGCCUGACAGCGCUCAAGAACUGGACACUCCUGAGCCUGUUCAGUCAAACACGGCAUCAGAGCAGAACAAAGAGAUGUCAUACCCUUGCCACAUUUGUUCCUAUAAAGGUGGCUUCCGAAGAUACCUGCAAAGCCACUACAGAAAAUUCCACAAAAUAGACGUACUGACAACACACAAGCUGCUGGAGAAGUACAACAAGCGUAGGCCUAAGUCAGAUGCUGACCAGCUGGAUGCUCAGGCUGUGGAAAGUACAGCUGUUGAAUGCAAGAUAUGUCCAAACAUAAAGUUGGACUCACCUGAGCUGCUUAUUGACCACUUUAGAACAGUUCAUAAUUCAGAUCGUAUUCUGGACUUUAUUGUGCUAUCCAGAGCAUCACAUAGGAGCACAGGGCUUUAUAAAUGCAUUCACUGCAAAAAGCAACUGAAUGGAAUAAAGAAGAUGUGUUAUCACCUGGACCGCCACAGAGAGAGCGAGAAUAUGAAAGCAAAUGAAGCAAAGACAGACACAUCAGAUGUCAUAACCACAACACCAGAGGACAAAUUAAUGGAACAGAGUGAACUGCCUGUGUUAGAAACAUUGGAAGAACUGGAAGUGUGGACGGGGGCACCAGUGGAGACCUUGAUUUUACCAAAAAGCCCUUUGUCAUCCCCUACAAAACCAGCAGACACAGAUCAACCAGAGGAGGAUUCAAAAGAAGACCUACCUGCCUGCAAACGGUGUGGGCGAACAUUCAUGUCAUUGAAAGGUUUGCGUUCACAUGAGCGCAGCCAUGAAGCCUUUGCAGCCAUCAAGAAACACACACUGCCAGAGUCAAUCCCAAAGCACAAAAUUAACAAAUACAUCAUCUAUAAAUCUGGGACCACAAAGCCAUUCGUGUGCAGUUUCUGUUCUUAUCGAACCAAUGUAAUGGGCUUGUGGAGACGGCAUUUUAUGAAAAAUCAUGAAGAUGUCCUUGACGAUCCUAUUGAAGAUGAAGAUCAAGACGAAGAUGACACUCAGAGCGGCACAGAGCCACAUCCAUCAGAGGAAUCCAGCGAUAUUCCUAAGCUUGAUGAAAAACCUGAAACAAAUAAAAGAUCGAUAUACUCAGAGCCCCCAGAUGUGCAGCGACAGUUGAAUCAGUAUAACUUCUUGGCACAGUCUAGCGUUUCGUCAGAAGCAACCAUGAACGAAACCAGGUUACCCGACAGCAGUCUGCUUCACUGUGAGCUCUGCAACUUUAACACAGAACACAUUAGCAGUAUACGACGGCACUACGUAAAUCGCCACGGAAAGAAGCUUUUCAAGUGCAAGGACUGUGAAUUCUUAACCUAUUCAAGAAAAAACCUGGAAAUGCACAUGGAGAGGGGCCACUCGGCUUUCCAGUCAGAACCUACUCAUCAAAAAGACCUCAGCUGCCCUUUCUGCCUUUACCAGACCAAAAACAAGAACAACAUGAUCGAUCACAUCGUCCUGCAUCGUGAGGAACGCUUGGUGCCAAUUGAGGUGCGUCGGCCGAAGCUGUCACGUUACCUUCAAGGCAUCGUCUUCCGCUGUCACAACUGCACUUUCACGUGUGGCAGUGCUGAAAAUCUGAAUUUGCACAUGGUCAAGCACCAUGACAUCAAACCCUACAAGUGUCGACUGUGCUUCUUCGACUGCACUCGGCUGAGUGACUUGGAGGCACACCUGAGUGAUAAGCAUCAGGUCCUGAGAAAUCAUGAGCUUGUCGGUCAUGUCAGCCUGGAUCAGCUAGAGGCUAGGCUCGGUAGGAUGCCAGAGGAUGGAGAGGAGCCUUUGUCAGAUUCAGAUCACCACAACUUUGACCAGGAUAUAGUUAAAACAGAGGAGAUGGUCGCAGACUGGAAUGAAGUGCUACAAGAGACACAAGUUAAAAAUCCUGAAGAAAAUGUUAUGGAGCAAAUUACCCUUAAGAUUGAGGACAUAUAUCAGCUAAAAGACAUGGAAGACUCAAACAGGAAUGAAGAAGGACAUGGGAGUCAUUUAGACUCUUGGUGUGUGAAUGAUAAAAAUUCUGUCCCAGAGAAGCAUGAGCAGGACCAAGAUGAGGAGGAAGGAACUGUAUGUUUGCCAGGCAUUGCAAAAGGACAGGGUGUUGAAAAUAUAAUAGACCAAAAUUUGGGUGAAAGUAUGGAAUUUGAGGACUACGGUAGCCAAGAAAGAGAAAGGCAGACAACUGCAAAAGUAGCCCAAACCAUACUUAAAGAAAGUGAGGACAGCGGCACAACGAUCACACAAGAACAAGAUGAGGACAAGCCACAUAUGAAGACACUUCAGGAAAAUGUUGGCAUCACUGAGGAGAGAGAAGAAAAAGAAAUACUUCAUGGAGAAAUUAAGGAUACCAAGGAGAUCUUGGAUGAAGACUGCAGCACCAACUUGACUACCAACCAAAACAAUCAAGCUAAUACAGAGGCAAACAACAGUCAUAGGUCUGAAAAUAACACUGGGGCCAAAGAGAGUUUUGCAUUUCAAAUAACUCCUCUACAUCCCAGUAAUGCACAGCACAAAAUAAGCCACAAGAAGAGCUCAGGUGUAUCACUGGCUCACUGCUAUGAAGAACAAGUGCAUAAACAGAGCAGCGCGGAGGAGUCCAGAGACCCUUAUGGAGAAAUGCCUGUACUUGAGAACGAAUAUUUCAAAGAGGGAAUGGGCCCUCUAGACCGCUGGAGGGAGGGAGAUCACACUUAUCAUCUGAAGCAGGAGCAGGACAUAGAGAAUGAGAUGAUCUGUGGAGAUGACACAGAUGGGCGCCUGGCUGAACAUGACAAAGGUGAUGGGAUAAAGGAGUCUGAAAAACACAAUAUGCCUAAAGUUAUAGAUGGAGCUGCUGAAGACCCAUGCUCUGUUGCCACAGAGCAGAAGCAGUUUGCCUGUGAGUUUUGUGGACGAAACCUUAUGAACAGCUUGGAUCUCCAGCGUCAUGUUGCACGACACGGAAUAUAAUUCUUUUUUUAUGUUGCAAAAGCGCUUUCAUUGCUGAGUUCUAUGUGGAAAGCUAGAGUUUGUUUUAAUAAACCAUCUUCUACCUUUUUUACUUUACUGUGUAUUUCUGAGUAUUCCUGUUGAAAUUUGAUUCUGUUUUUAUUUUCUAGAUUUUUAAACAGUUUCUAAUGAAAUAUAUUUUAUCACAGCACUAAUGUGCAUAGGAUCUAAUUUGUUUGAUUUGAGAAAUAAAACUUAAGAACCAGUACAUGGUGACUGUUAAAUGUGUGACACAUUGUCAUUAAGAUGUUUAUUUUCCAUUGUUUAAAGACGCUAAUUGAUAUCUUCGAAUAAUUAUGAUGAGAAGGAUGUCAUUUUUUUACAUCUUUAGUUUACUCCAAGGAGGAAUUAGUCAGCAUUCAGUUCCCUUAAACAUGCCUAAAUGUUUACACUGUGAAUUACUGUUGCAUAAGAACUGGACCAACUUCAGAAGCCACAUAUUGUGGAAAUGUUAAUGCUGCCUUCAAGUGCUGUUGGGUAUUUGAAUACAAGCUAUGUACUGUACCAGUGAGGAAGUAUUUUUUCCCUAGUGUUACAAUAACAGUAUUUAGUCUGAUAUUUCAUGUAAAUAAUACAUUUCUGUUAAUCUUUUAAACUUUUCUUUCCAUUGUAUGAUAACGCAUUCAGUAAUAUU